GUGGGGGUGGAGCUGCUACAGGGGAUGAUGACUUCUUUGGAGGGCGCCUGAUUUCAAGCAGCCUGACGCUCUGGGACGUGGAAGCCAUCAAGAUGCAGCAGCCUUCUGGAGUGAGGAGCUCAAAGCCCUUCAAAGCACUCAAGUGUCAAUCAGCCAUCAGCUGCACCGUCUUCAGCAGCAGCGGAGACAUGCUGGCAUCCGCCAGCUUUGAUAACGUGGUGUACUUGUGGCGCCCCUCUCAGCAGAGCCCGCUGGCGCGCAUGUGCCACCCCUCGGCGCCUGAUCUGGCAACCUCGCUGUGCUUCACGCAGGAUGGUACGAUGCUGGUAGCUGCUUGCCGCUUCAGCGAACGGAUUGAUGUGUACGACGUACAAAAGGCCUGCACCUCCAAGGAGGGCUCCGUGACCCCGCCGCUGCCCCUGGGCGAGCUGGACGGCAGCGGGCUGGAGGGCUGCGCAGUGGCCCCGUGCGACCACCUGGG